AGGCGUUCAAAAAAGUGCAAAUACCACUGAAUCGCCUCAGAACAUUUUUUACCAAUUUUCUGUGCUAAUUUUAGGCAGAAAAUCCGCAAAACUACUGCUCAAAAACACGAUAUCGUUGCAGUUGAACAUUCCGCGCGUACUUUUCACGACGAAAACCCCGCAAAAGCGUGUUAAUUCUGCGAGAAAAAGUGAAUUUUCGGUCGCAGCAUUUCUACCUACACACAACGCUCGUACACGGUAAAACAGUAAAAAAAGCAAAAAGCAGGACGAGAAAAUGGCAGCAAGCACCGAUCGGGCAGCCGAUGACUCGCUUUAUCCCAUCGCCGUGCUCAUUGACGAGCUGAAAAACGAGGAUAUCCAGCUCCGUCUGAACUCGAUCAAGAAAUUGUCGACGAUCGCCUUGGCCUUGGGCGAGGAACGAACUCGCACAGAGCUCAUCCCCUUUUUGACGGAAAGCAUCUACGAUGAGGACGAAGUUUUACUCGCUUUGGCUGAACAAUUGGGCAAUUUUACGAGUUUGGUUGGUGGUCCAGAAUUCGCCAUGUACUUAAUUGCUCCGCUCGAAUCGUUAGCAAACAUCGAGGAAACUGUCGUUCGUGACAAAGCUGUCGAAUCCUUACGCACCGUUGCAUCCCAACACAGUGCCGCCGACUUGGAAUUGCACGUUGUUCCCAUGUUGGCACGUCUCGUGCAUGGCGAUUGGUUCACUUCACGCACAUCCGCAUGCGGGCUCUUCUCCGUUUGCUAUCCACGCGUCUCUGCCGAAGUCAAAGCUGAUCUCCGAAGCAACUUCCGUCAGUUGUGUCAAGAUGACACCCCCAUGGUACGUCGUGCUGCCGCCGGAAAACUCGGCGAAUUCGCAAAAGUGGUCGAAGUCGAAUAUUUAAAAUCGGAUUUAAUCCCGAUGUUCGUUCAACUCGCCCAAGACGAUCAGGAUUCCGUUCGUUUGUUGGCUGUCGAAGCGUGUGUCAGCAUUGCGCAGUUGUUGCAACAAGACGACGUCGAGCAUUUGGUGAUGCCAACGUUGCGUCAAUGUGCGAGCGACUCCUCGUGGCGCGUUCGUUACAUGGUUGCCGAAAAAUUCACCGAUUUGCAAAAGGCUGUCGGUCCCGAGAUCACAAAGACGGAUUUGGUGCCCGCUUUCCAAUUUUUGCUGAAAGACACGGAAGCCGAAGUUCGCACAUCUGCCGCGACAAAAGUCAAGGAGUUCUGCGCCAACUUGGAUAAGGCGAGUCAAGAACAAAUUAUCAUGACGCACAUUUUGCCAUGUGUCAAGGAGCUGGUUUCGGAUCCGAAUCAACACGUAAAAUCCGCAUUGGCUUCUGUCAUCAUGGGUUUGAGUCCCAUUUUGGGUCGUCAGAACACGAUCGAGCACUUGCUCCCACUUUUCCUUAUCCAACUGAAGGAUGAAUGGCCCGAAGUUCGUCUCAACAUCAUUUCCACGCUCGAUUGCAUCAACGAUGUCAUUGGAAUUCAACAAUUGUCGCAAUCUUUGUUGCCCGCCAUUGUCGAGCUCGCCGAAGAUUCCAAGUGGCGCGUGCGUUUAGCCAUUAUCGAGUACAUGCCGUUGCUCGCCGGCCAAUUGGGACAGGAGUUUUUCAAUCAAAAGUUGCGCGAUCUCUGUUUCAACUGGCUCAACGAUCACGUAUACGCGAUCCGCGAAGCCGCUACCCUCAACAUGAAGAAAAUCGUUCAAACGUUCGGCACGACAUGGGCCGAAACGAAUAUCAUCCCACAAAUUUUGGUCAUGUACAAAAACAACAACUACUUGCAUCGCAUGACCUGCUUGUUCUGCAUCAAUGCGUUGGCUGACGUUUGCGGCGGAGACCAGAUUAAGCGUUUGUUCUUGCCCACCAUCAAAGUUUUGAGCACAGAUCCGGUGGCAAAUGUGAGAUUUAACGUUGCGAAGACCUUGCAAAAGUUGUCGCCUUUCUUGGACCAAGCAACAAUCGAUGGCGAAAUUAAGCCCAUUCUCGAGAAGCUGAACACAGACACGGAUGUCGAUGUCAAGCAUUUCGCUAAUGAAGCCAUGGCAGGCAUUGCUGCUGCUUAAAUGAUCAGUAAAAAAAAACAAAAGUAAAUGCAGUUGAGUUGCGUAUUAUCAACAAAUUAUUAUCUUUAUCUUUCUAGACGACUUUUAAUUAUUACAUUUAGGAAAUUAAACCAAAAAUCCCUCUUUUUUUAGAAAGGAUUUUAUUCCUUGUUUUUACUCUCACAAAAAAAAAUGAAAAUCCUGGAAAGUUGUUAGUUACGCUACUUAUUUUUUAUCCGAAAGCGCCUUCUGAAGAACAUUUAAUGUUAAUUGGAAGGAAUUCACACCUCUUUACUAUAUUUAUGUUGCAACAAUUAUUAUUUCGUAUUGUAUUUUAUCAGUAAUUUGCUAUAAAAUAAAUAAAAUUAAUGAUAUAAUAAACAAAAAAAAAAUUACUAAGGUAUGUAAUAAUAAUAUUAAUUGAUAAAUAAAAC